AUGGCGAUGCAAGCUGCCAAGAGGGCGAACAUUCGCCUUCCACCUGAAGUAAACCGGAUUUUGUAUAUAAGAAAUUUGCCUUACAAAAUCACAGCUGAAGAAAUGUAUGACAUAUUUGGGAAAUAUGGACCUAUUCGUCAAAUCAGAGUGGGGAAUACACCUGAAACUAGAGGAACAGCUUAUGUGGUCUAUGAAGACAUCUUUGAUGCCAAGAAUGCAUGUGAUCACCUGUCGGGAUUCAAUGUUUGUAACAGAUACCUUGUGGUUUUAUACUAUAAUGCCAACAGGGCAUUUCAGAAGAUGGACACAAAGAAGAAGGAGGAACAGUUGAAGCUUCUGAAGGAGAAAUAUGGCAUCAACACAGAUCCACCAAAAUAAACAUUGUUUUCUUCAUUUACAUUUUGGACUGAAACCCUUGAAUCUCUGCUGCCACCACCUUUUUUUUGUUUAUAAUUAAUACUAAAUAUUGUGAUUUUUGUAUCUGAUAUUCAUGAUUACCUGCUUAAAACAUUGCUACAUUAUUAAAUAUGUUAAUAAAUAAAUUGUAGCUUUUUGUAAAACA